AGGGCGGCGGCGCUGCUGAGGCGAAACUGUGGGGGGUCGCGGCAGCCGGUGGCCUCCACCCCCAACUCCCCACAUCCCCGUAGCGGGAAGGGGAAAGCGAACGGCUGCAUCCCCCAGCCCCCCUCCCGGAGGCGUGCGGUCUUGCCCAGUGCUCGGCGCGGCGGCCGGCGCUGCGCUUGGGGCGGAAAGCGAGCGGGUGGGCAGCCGGAGCUCCGAGCCGCCGCUUGAGGGGAGAAGAGGGGUGUUCCCGCACCCCCCGGCCCCAGCCCGGGUGGAUGUGCACCGCCGAGGGCGGUGGCGGCGGCUGUUGCGGCCUCCCCAUGGCUGGGCCCCGGCGGUGAAGGCGGCGGGAGCCGCCUGUGUCCGCGCCGCGCCGGGAGGCAGCGCAGCCAGCAGGGGGCGGGCGGGGAGGGGGAUGAGUGCUGCAGCCGCCGCCGCCUCUGCGGGAGCCGCCGCCGCCUGCACCGGGGCAGAGGGCGGCUUCUUCUUCCUUUCCAGCGGCUCCGGUCCGGCGGGGUCCAUGGGGCCCGAAGAGGGCUCAGCCGGCGGGCUGGGAGCCCUGCCCGGCGCCCUGGCGGCGCCGUCGCUGGGCUGCCGGAGCCGCUACCAGCUGCUGCUCUCCGGGAAGGCCCUGGCCGACAGAUACCGGAAGAUUUACACGGCGGCUCUGAGCGAUCGGGAGCUGGGGAGCCACCCGGGCAGAAGUAAGAAACUUUUUAGCAAGAAAAAAUUGAAAAGGAAACAGAAGACUAAAUUGAAAGUCAAAACACGCAACAAGACUGAAAACCUAGAGAGUACCAUAACCAUACCAGAUAUCAAAUUACACAGCAACCCUUCAGCUUUUAAUGUUUACUGCAAUGUCCGCCAUUGUGUGUUGGAGUGGCAAAAAAAGGAAGCAUCUGUAUCUCUGGCUUCAAAGAACAGUGUACAGAGUGGGGAUUCGGACAGUGAUGAAGAAGAGGAAUCCAAAGAGCCACCUAUUAAACUCCCAAAGAUCAUUGAAGUUGGAUUAUGUGAAGUCUUUGAACUGAUAAAGGAGACAAGAUUUUCUCAUCCAUCUUUGUGUCUCAGGAGCCUACAAGCCCUACUUAAUGUGCUUCAGGGCCAGCAACCAGAAGGCCUGCAAUCGGAACCUCCUGAAGUCCUAGAAUCCCUGUUCCAGCUUCUUCUGGAGAUAACUGUCCGUAGCACAGGAAUGAAUGACAGUACAGGACAGUCCUUGACAGCACUUUCCUGUGCUUGCCUCUUCAGUUUGGUAGCUGCAUGGGGAGAGACAGGAAGGACGUUGCAAGCAAUCUCUGCUAUCCUCACCAAUAAUGGCAGCCAUGCUUGUCAGACUAUUCAGGUGCCAACCAUUUUAAACUCUCUUCAACGGAGUGUACAGGCAGUUCUGGUGGGCAAAAUCCAAAUCCAGGACUGGUUCAGUAAUGGGAUAAAGAAGGCAGCCUUGAUGCACAAAUGGCCAUUGAAAGAAAUAUCUGUAGAUGAUGAUGACCAGUGCCUACUUCAGAGUGAUGGCUUUUUCCUCUAUCUCUUGUGUAAAGAUGGACUUUACAAAAUCGGUUCUGGAUAUAGCGGGACAGUGAGGGGCCAUAUAUACAAUUCUACAUCCCGCAUCAAAAAUAGAAAGGAAAAAAAGUCUUGGUUAGGCUAUGCUCAGGGUUAUUUAUUAUAUAGAGAUGCGAAUAAUCACAGUAUGACAGCCAUAAGAAUAAACCCUGAAACCUUGGAACAAGACGGUACAGUUGCUUUGCCAGAUUGUCAUACUGAAGGGCAGAAUAUCCUUUUCACUGAUGGAGAAUAUAUUAAUCAAAUAGCAGCAUCUAGAGAUGAUGGCUUUGUAGUGCGAAUAUUUGCAACAAGUACUGAGCCAGUACUGCAACAAGAACUGCAGCUUAAGCUUGCUAGAAAAUGCUUACAUGCAUGUGGCAUCUCCUUAUUUGAUCUGGAGAAAGACCUGCACAUUAUCAGUACAGGGUUUGAUGAGGAAUCAGCUGUCCUUGGUGCUGGAAGAGAGUUUGCUCUAAUGAAAACUGCUAGUGGAAAGAUUUAUUAUACUGGUAAAUAUCAAAGCCUUGGUAUCAAACAAGGUGGUCCUUCAGCAGGAAAAUGGGUGGAGCUCCCAAUCACAAAAUCUCCAAAGAUUAUUCAGUUCUCUGUUGGACAUGAUGGCUCACAUGCCUUACUUGUUGCUGAAGAUGGGAGCAUAUUCUUCACAGGUUCUGCUAGUAAAGGAGAGGAUGGUGAAUCAACUAAAAGCAGACGGCAGUCAAAACCAUACAAGCCUAAAAAAAUUAUUAAAAUGGAAGGAAAGAUUGUCAUAUCUACAGCGUGCAAUAAUGGCAGCAGUUCUGUAAUUUCAAAAGAUGGAGAACUCUACAUGUUUGGAAAAGAUGCCAUUUACUCUGAUAGCACAAGUUUAGUAACAGAUUUGAAAGGCCAUUUUGUGACUCAAGUAGCCAUGGGCAAAGCUCACACCUGUGUGUUAAUGAAGAACGGUGAAGUUUGGACAUUUGGUGUAAAUAAUAAAGGGCAGUGUGGACGAGAUACAGGCUCCAUGAGCCAGGGAGGAAAAGGUUUUGGAGUUGAGAACAUGGCAACAGCAAUGGAUGAAGAUCUAGAAGAGGAGCUGGAUGAAAAAGAUGAGAAGUCCAUGAUGUGUCCUCCGGGCAUGCAUAAAUGGAAGCUGGAGCAGUGUAUGGUGUGCACUGUAUGUGGAGAUUGCACAGGCUAUGGAGCUAGCUGUGUUAGUAGUGGGCGUCCUGACAGAGUCCCUGGAGGAAUCUGUGGCUGUGGCUCAGGUGAGUCGGGCUGUGCUGUAUGUGGCUGCUGCAAGGCGUGUGCUAGGGAACUGGAUGGCCAGGAAGCAAGGCAACGAGGAAUCCUUGAUGCUGUGAAAGAGAUGAUACCUUUAGAUCUCUUGCUGGCUGUCCCUGUUCCUGGAGUUAAUAUUGAAGAGCACCUUCAGUUACGGCAAGAAGAAAAGCGGCAACGUGUAAAUAGGAGACAUAGGUUGGAAGAAGGAAGAGGCCCCCUUGUAUUUCCUGGUCCUAUUUUUAUGAACCAUCGAGAACAGGCUCUAGCCAGAAUCAGACCCCAUCCAGCACAGCUAAAGCAUAAACGGGACAAGCACAAAGACGGAAGUGGAGAGAGAGGUGAGAAAGAUGCCAGCAAAAUCACAACCUAUCCACCAGGGGCUGUCCGAUUUGACUGUGAACUGCGAGCUGUGCAAGUCAGUUGUGGAUUUCAUCAUUCAGUGGUUUUGAUGGAGAAUGGUGAUGUUUACACAUUUGGAUAUGGGCAGCAUGGGCAACUUGGACACGGUGAUGUUAAUUCCAGGUUUCGUCCAAAUGCUAGGGAACUGUGGAGUUACAAUGCAGUAGUUGCGGAUUCCAGACUUCCCUCAGCUCCAGACAUGCAAUCCCGGUGUAGUAUUUUGAGUCCAGAACUUGCCCUACCAACUGGUUCUAAAGCUCUAACAACAAGAUCUCAUGCAGCUUUGCACAUUCUAGGUUGUCUUGAUACUUUGGCUGCUAUGCAGGACUUAAAAAUGGGUGUAGCAAAUAUGGAAGAAGAGACUCAAGCAGUAAUGAAAGUUUACUCGAAAGAGGACUACAGUGUUGUUAACAGAUUUGAAAGUCAUGGAGGAGGCUGGGGUUAUUCAGCCCACUCAGUAGAAGCUAUCCGUUUCUGUGCUGAUACAGAUAUUUUGUUAGGUGGUCUUGGUCUAUUUGGAGGUAGGGGUGAAUACACCGCUAAAAUAAAGUUGUUUGAAUUGGGUCCAGAUGGAGGAGACCAUGAGACUGAUGGAGAUCUUCUUGCUGAAACAGAUGUCUUAGCAUAUGAUUGUGCUGCUAGAGAGAAGUAUGCAAUGAUGUUUGAUGAACCAGUACUCCUACAAGCUGGCUGGUGGUAUGUUGCCUGGGCAAGAGUGUCAGGACCCAGCAGUGACUGUGGAUCUCAUGGACAGGCCUCUAUUACUACAGAUGAUGGUGUUGUAUUUCAGUUUAAAAGUUCCAAGAAAUCAAAUAAUGGUACAGAUGUUAAUGCAGGGCAGAUCCCACAGUUACUAUACAGGUUGCCAACAAGUGAUGGCAGUGCAUCUAAAGGAAAACAGCAAACCAGUGAACCUGUGCAUAUUUUAAAGAGAUCUUUUGCAAGAACUGUCUCAGUGGAAUGCUUUGAAUCUUUAUUGAGCAUUCUUCACUGGAGCUGGACAACACUGGUGCUGGGAGUUGAAGAACUUCGGGGACUUAAAGGAUUCCAAUACACUGCUACUCUUUUGGAUUUAGAAAGGUUGCGUUUUGUGGGCACUUGCUGCCUGAGAUUGCUGAGGGUCUACACCUGUGAAAUAUAUCCAAUAUCAGCUACAGCUAAGGCAGUGGUAGAAGAAACAAGCAAAUUAGCAGAUUGCAUUGGAAAAACAAGGACCUUGCUGAGAAAAAUUUUAUCUGAAGGAGUUGAUCAUUGCAUGGUGAAGCUGGACAAUGAUCCACAAGGAUACCUCAGUCAGCCUCUCACUCUUUUAGAAGCUGUUCUUCAAGAAUGUCAUAACACAUUCACAGCUUGUUUUCACUCAUUUUACCCAACACCAGCUCUCCAGUGGGCAUGUCUUUGUGACUUGUUGAAUUGUUUGGACCAGGACAUCCAGGAAGCAAACUUCAAAACCUCCAAUAGCCGGCUUCUUGCUGCAGUUAUGUCUGCUCUCUGCCAUACUUCAGUAAAACUGACCUCUAUCUUUCCAAUUGCUUAUGAUGGAGAAGCAUUGCUGCGAUCAAUGGUUAAACAAGUCAGCACUGAGAAUGACUCUGCUCUGGCCCAUCGUUUUCCUCUUUUGGUUGCCCACAUGGAAAAGCUUAGUCAGAGUGAAGAAAAUGUUUCAGGCAUGACAAGCUUUCGGGAAGUGCUGGAAAAGAUGUUGGUCAUUGUUGUUCUACCAGUACGGAACAGCCUUAGAAGAGAAAAUGAACUUUUCUCUUCACAUCUGGUUUCUAAUACCUGUGGGUUGCUUGCUAGUAUUGUGAGUGAGCUCACAGCAUCAGCAUUAGGAUCUGAGGUUGAUGGGCUGAAUUCUCUCCAUUCUGUGAAAUCCACUCCAAACCGAUUCACUAAAACAAGUCAGGGAAGAAGCUGGAAUACUGGAAAUGGAUCCCCUGAUGCAAUAUGUUUCUCUGUCGAUAAACCUGGUGUAGUUGUAGUAGGAUUUUCUGUUUAUGGUGGAGGAGGAAUUCAUGAAUAUGAGUUGGAAGUGUUAGUUGAUGAUAGUGAUCAUACUGGAGAUUCAACUCAUUCACACAGAUGGACAUCUUUAGAGUUGGUUAAAGGAACUUACACCACAGAUGAUUCUCCCAGUGACAUAGCUGAAAUCAGACUUGACAAAGUUGUGCCACUGAAGGAAAAUGUGAAAUAUGCGGUUCGCUUGAGGAAUUAUGGAAGCCGGACUGCCAACGGAGAUGGAGGAAUGACCACAGUUCAGUGUCCAGAUGGUGUAACAUUUACAUUUAGUACAUGUAGUCUGAGCAGUAAUGGCACAAACCAAACACGAGGACAAAUUCCACAGAUUCUUUAUUACAGGAGUGAGUACGAUGGAGAUCUGCAAUCACAGCUGUUGAACAAAGCUAAUGAAGAAGAUAAAAAUUGUAGCAGGGCUCUUUCUGUCGUGAGUGCUGUUGUACGGGCAGCCAAGGACCUGUUGCACAGGGCUCUUGCUGUAGAUGCUGAAGACAUUCCAGAACUACUCAGCUCUUCCAGUCUGUUUUCAAUGCUGCUUCCCCUCAUAAUAGCCUACAUAGGACCAGUAGCAGCAGCUAUUCCCAAGGUUGCUGUUGAGGUCUUUGGCCUAGUACAGCAGUUGCUUCCUUCUGUGGCAGUUCUGAAUCAGAAAUAUGCUCCUCCAGCUUUUAACCCAAAUCAGUCCACAGACAGCACUACUGGAAACCAGCCAGAGCAAGGGCUUUCAGCUUGUACUACCUCCAAUCAUUAUGCUGUUGUAGAAAGUGAGCAUCCUUAUAAACCUGCCUGUGUUACACACUAUAAGGUGACUUUUCCUGAAUGUGUCAGGUGGAUAACAAUAGAGUUUGACACUCAGUGUGGCACUGCUCAAUCAGAGGAUGUUCUUCGUUUACUAAUUCCUGUUAGAAUUGCGCAGAGUCUGGGAUUUGGACCAAAGCAUGCUUCUGUUCAUGACAACCUUAAUUCAUGGGUAGAGCUGAAAAAAUUCUCUGGAUCUUCAGGAUGGCCUACCAUGGUAUUAGUAUUGCCAGGAAAUGAAGCUCUUUUUUCUCUGGAGACUGCAUCAGACUAUGUGAAAGAUGAAAAGGCUUGUUUUUAUGGUUUCAAAUGUUAUGCAAUUGGAUAUGAAUUUAGUCCAGGAUCUGAUGAGGGUAUUAUUCAGCUGGAGAAGGAAUUGGCAAAUUUAGGAGGAUCGUGUGCAGCAGCUUUGAUGAAGAAGGAUCUAGCACUUCCUAUUGCAGGUAAUGAAUUUGAAGAUGAUCUUGAGAUACUUGAAGAGGCUGCCUUACAGGUGUGCAAAUCUCACUCCGGCAUUCUUGGGAAGGGCUUGGCACUGUCUCACUCCCCAACCAUUUUGGAAGCUCUCGAAGGAAAUCUUCCACUUCAGGUACAAAGCAAUGAACAGUCAUUUCUGGAGGAUUUCAUUGCUUGUGUACCAGGAUCAAGUGGUGGACGACUUGCAAGGUGGCUUCAGCCAGAUUCAUAUGCUGAUCCUCAGAAAACAUCAUUGAUUUUGAAUAAAGAUGACAUUCGAUGUGGUUGGCCAACUGUUAUUACUGUGCAAACAAAAGACCAGUAUGGGGAUGUUGUUCAUGUUCCUAAUAUGAAGGUAGAAGUCAAAGCUAUUCCUGUUUCUCAGAAAAAAACAUCUUUGCAACAAGAGCAAGCUAAAAAGGUACAACGGAUACCAGGGAGUCCUGCAACAGCUGCAUCCCCUAGCAGUGAUAUGACCUUUGGAGGACUUCCUUCACCAAAGCUAGAUUCUUCCUAUGAGCCAAUGAUAGUAAAAGAAGCUCGAUAUAUUGCUAUUACAAUGAUGAAGGCAUAUGAAAAUUAUUCUUUUGAAGAACUGCGCUUUGCUUCACCAACACCAAAGAGACCCAGUGAAAACAUGUUGAUCAGAGUCAAUAAUGAUGGUACAUACUGUGCAAAUUGGACUCCUGGAGCUGUUGGUCUCUAUACCAUUCAUGUUACUAUAGAUGGCAUUGAAAUAGAUGCUGGACUAGAAGUGAAAGUAAAAGAUCCUCCAAAAGGAAUGAUACCUCCAGGAACCCAACUUAUUAAACCAAAAGCAGAGCCUCAGCCAAACAAGGUUCGCAAAUUUGUGGCCAAGGACAGUGCAGGGCUUCGUAUCCGUAGCCACCCUUCCCUUCAGAGUGAGCAAAUAGGCAUAGUGAAAGUCAAUGGAUCCAUCACUUUCAUUGACGAGAUCCACAAUGAUGAUGGUGUUUGGCUGAGGCUGAAUGAUGAGACAAUAAAGAAGUAUGUUCCUAACAUGAAUGGUUACACUGAAGCCUGGUGUCUGUCUUUUAACCAACAUCUUGGCAAGAGCCUUCUGGUACCUAUUGACAAUGUCUUUAAUGCUAGCCAAGGAGUAAGGGAUUUGGACUUUUUUACAUGGACUUCCAAAGCUUUACCCCUUAAGGAAUCUAGGUGUAAUACUGAUGAUUUUUUCAAAGACCUAAAUUCACACUGCCCACAGGAAGCAGUGAUGCAAGGACAAGAUAUGCCAUUCCUUCGAGGUGGACCUGGACUGUACAAGGUAGUGAAGACUGGCCCAUCAGGUCACAACAUCAGAAGCUGCCCUAACCUUAGAGGUAUCCCAAUUGGAAUGUUAGUUCUGGGAAACAAAGUCAAGGCAGUGGGCGAGGUGACUAAUUCAGAAGGUACAUGGGUGCAAAUGGAUAAGAACAGCAUGGUAGAGUUCUGUGAAAGUGAUGAAGGCGAGGCAUGGUCGUUAGCUAGAGACAGAGGUGGAAACCAGUAUCUCCGACAUGAAGAUGAACAAGUUCUUCUAGAUCAAAAUGUUCAGACUCCUCCCCCAAGCCCUUUUUCAAUACAAGCUUUCAGUAAGGGGACAAGCUGUAGUAAUGGACAAGGGUUUGAUUAUGGCCUUGGAAAUAAUAAAGUUUUGACUGUUUUGCCCACUACAGGUGACCAACUGAGUGCCAUACUGAAUUCCAUUCAGUCACGGCCAAAUCUCCCAGCUCCUUCCAUCUUUGAUCAAGCUGCAAAACCUCCCUCUUCCCUAGUCCACAGUCCAUUUGUGUUCGGACAGCCCCUUUCCUUCCAGCAGCCUCAGCCACAGCUUCAGAAAACUCCAUCCUGCUGCCUUGCUUCUCGUGAGCGUAUUUACAAAACUAGUGAUGUAGCUGGGCCUGCCUCUGCUAUUUCAUCUCUCUCUCACAAACUGAAGGGUGACCGAAUGAAUUUCACAGGAGCUGCUAGACCAAUUUCUCCAUCAGGAAAAUCAGACAUGUCAUCAAAGCAUAGAGCUGACAGCAGGUCACCCAAGCUUGAUGUGCGAAUAAAUAGAGCUGCUGCUGACCAGAAGAAACCUAGAAACACAGAUGGCUUAUCUGCCAGUGAGUCUCUUAUGCUGAAAUCAGAUACUGCAAAAUUGCGAUCAGACUCUCACAGCAGGUCUUUGUCUCCAAAUCAUAACACUUUGCAAACACUAAAAACUGAUGGUAGAACAACUACUGGUCUGAGAGCUGAAUCUCCAGGGCCAGGAACCCGGUCAUCUUCUCCAAAGACAAAGACACUUACAGCUGUUAGAUCUGGUGCUAGUUCUCCACGAUCCUCAUCACCACAUGACAAAACUCUACCUCAGAAAGCUCCUUCUCCUGUAAAAACAAAGCUUGAUCCUCCUCGAGAACGCUCCAAAUCAGAUUCUUACACGUUAGAUCCAGAUACCCUUCGCAAAAAGAAAGUACCGCUAACAGAACCCUUGAGGGGCAGGUCCACUUCACCCAAACCAAAAAUUACUGCAAAAGAUGGAAAACCUGUUACAGAAACUGAAAAUAGAGCUCCUUCCCCUCAUGUUGUACAAGAAAAUCUUCACAGUGAGGUAGUUGAAGUAUGUACUUCAAGUACUUUAAAGACUAACAGUAUUAUAGAUAGUACCUGUGAAGACAACACAGAAUUCAGAAGUCUGGACGAUGGUUCUAAUAAAGUUCAUUUCAGCAUAGGAAAAGCACCACUGAAAGAUGAGCAAGACAUGAGAGCAUCUCCAAAAGUGAGCCGUAAAUGUGCUGGUAGACACACAAGACCCAAAAAGGAAAAAUCCAGCUUUCUUUUCAAAGGAGAUGGCUCCAAGCCUGUAGAGCCUGCCAAGCAAGCAAUGUCACCUUCUGUUGCAGAAUGUGCUAGAGCUGUAUUUGCUGCAUUUCUCUGGCAUGAAGGUAUUGUUCAUGAUGCUAUGGCUUGUUCAUCUUUUUUGAAGUUUAAUCCAGAGCUCUCCAAAGAGCAUGCACCGAUUCGAAGCAGUCUUACUCAACAACCUGCAGAGGAAAAAGAAACAAAGUUGAAAAACAGACAUUCAUUGGAAAUAUCAUCUGCUCUUAACAUGUUCAACAUCUCACCUCAUGGACCAGAUAUAUCUAAAAUGGGUAGCAUCAAUAAAAACAAAGUUCUCUCAAUGUUAAAAGAACCACCUCUACAUGAAAAGUGUGAAGAUGGAAAACCUGAAACUACCUCCUUUGAAACAUCGAGCCACCACACAAUAAAAUCCAAGUCUCCUCUUCCAUUAACAUUGCAGCACUUGGUAGCUUUCUGGGAAGAUAUUUCUUUAGCAACUAUUAAAGCAGCUUCCCAAAACAUGAUUUUUCCAAGUCCUGGUUCUUGUGCAGUGUUAAAGAAGAAGGAAAGUGACAAAGAUAACAAGAAAACUAAAAAAGAGAAAAAGAAAAAAGAAAAGGUUGAGACUAGGCCAAGAGGAAAUCUUUUUGGCGAGAUGGCCCAGCUUGCAGUGGGAGGACCUGAAAAAGAUACCAUCUGUGAGUUGUGUGGAGAAUCCCAUCCAUAUCCAGUGACUUACCACAUGAGACAAGCUCAUCCAGGUUGUGGCCGUUACGCAGGUGGCCAAGGUUAUAAUAGCAUUGGGCACUUUUGUGGAGGAUGGGCUGGUAAUUGCGGUGAUGGUGGUAUUGGAGGAAGCACUUGGUAUUUGGUUUGUGAUCGAUGCAGAGAAAAAUAUCUCCGUGAAAAGCAAGCCGCAGCAAGAGAGAAGAUUAAACAGUCUAGGAGAAAACCAAUGCAAGUUAAAACUCCUCGUGCCUUGCCAACUAUGGAAGCUCAUCAAGUGAUUAAAGCCAAUGCACUGUAUUUACUGUCACUGAGUAGCGCUGCUGAGCCCAGUAUCCUCUGCUAUCACCCUGCAAAGGCAUUCCAGUCUCAACUUCCCAGUGUCAAAGAGGGAAUUUCUGAAGACUUUCCCAUUAAAAUGCCAUGUCUCUAUCUACAGACUUUAGCAAGGCAUCAUCAUGAAAACUUUGUUGGGUACCAGGAUGACAACCUCUUCCAGGACGAGAUGAGGUACCUGCGCUCAACUUCAGUACCUGCACCGUACAUCUCAGUUACUCCUGAUGCAAGCCCUAAUGUCUUUGAAGAGCCAGAAAGUAAUAUGAAAUCUAUGCCCCCAAGUUUGGAAACCAGUCCAAUAACAGACACAGAUCUUGCGAAGCGUACAGUCUUUCAAAGAUCAUAUUCAGUCGUUGCAUCAGAAUAUGACAAACAGCACUCAAUUUUGCCAGCACGUGUAAAGGCAAUCCCUAGGAGACGAGUCAACAGUGGAGAUGCAGAAGUGGGGUCCUCUCUCCUGAGACAUCCAUCUCCUGAACUUUCUCGGUUAAUCUCCGCCCACAGCUCUCUUUCCAAAGGAGAGAGAAAUUUCCAGUGGCCAGUAUUGGCAUUUGUAAUCCAGCAUCAUGAUCUGGAAGGACUUGAAGUAGCAAUGAAACAAGCCUUACGGAAAUCUGCUUGCCGAGUCUUUGCCAUGGAGGCUUUCAACUGGCUUCUUUGUAAUGUCAUUCAGACAACUUCUCUUCAUGAUAUUUUGUGGCAUUUUGUGGCUUCCCUGACUCCUGCACCUGUAGAGCCUGAAGAAGAGGAAGAUGAAGAAAAUAAAUCAAAUAAGGAAAAUGCAGAACAAGAAAAAGACACAAGAGUAUGUGAACAUCCUCUGUCAGAUAUAGUGAUUGCUGGCGAAGCAGCCCACCCAUUACCCCACACAUUUCAUCGCCUGCUCCAGACAAUCUCUGAUCUUAUGAUGUCUCUUCCCAGUGGUAGUGCAUUGCAGCAAAUGGCCUUAAGGUGCUGGAGUCUCAAAUUCAAACAGUCGGAUCACCAGUUCCUGCACCAGAGCAAUGUUUUUCAUCAUAUCAACAAUAUUUUGUCUAAAUCUGAUGAUGGAGAUAGUGAAGAAAGUUUCAGUAUCAGUGUUCAGUCUGGUUUUGAAGUCAUGAAUCAGGAACUCUGUAUAGUGGUUUGUCUAAAAGACCUAACCAGCAUUGUUGACAUUAAAACAUCAAGCCGACCUGCCAUGAUUGGUAGUUUAACAGAUGGAUCUACAGAAACGUUCUGGGAGUCAGGAGAUGAAGAUAAAAACAAAACUAAAAACAUCACAAUUAACUGUGUAAAAGGAAUUAAUGCACGUUAUGUGUGUGUUCAUGUAGACAAUUCCAGAGAUCUUGGGAACAAAGUGACUUCAAUGACCUUCCUAACUGGCAAGGCGGUAGAAGAUCUGUGCAGAAUAAAGCAGGUAGACUUGGAUUCAAGACAUAUUGGCUGGGUAACAAGUGAACUUCCUGGGGGUGAUAAUCACAUCAUCAAAAUUGAAUUGAAGGGUCCAGAGAACACACUAAGAGUUCGACAAGUGAAAAUUCUCGGAUGGAAAGAUGGUGAAAGCAUUAAAAUAGCAGGCCAGAUUUCUGCAAGUGUCGCUCAACAAAGAAACUGUGAAUCUGAGACACUGCGGGUAUUCCGACUUAUUACAUCCCAGGUAUUCGGAAAACUCAUCUCCGGAGAUGCUGAGCCAACCCCAGAACAAGAGGAAAAAGCAUUGUUGUCUUCCCCAGAAGGAGAAGAAAAAGUACACAAUGCAACAUCAGAUGCAGACCUCAAGGAGCACAUGGUAGGGAUCAUAUUCAGCCGGAGCAAACUGACAAAUUUGCAGAAGCAGGUGUGUGCUCAUAUAGUCCAGGCCAUACGAAUGGAAGCAACCCGUGUGCGUGAAGAAUGGGAGCACGCCAUCUCCAGCAAAGAGAACGCCAACUCGCAGCCUAACGAUGAAGAUGCCUCUUCUGAUGCUUAUUGCUUUGAGCUGCUGUCAAUGGUUCUGGCACUGAGUGGUUCCAACGUAGGCCGGCAGUAUCUGGCUCAGCAGCUGACUCUGCUCCAGGAUCUCUUCUCAUUGCUACACACUGCUUCUCCCAGGGUGCAGAGACAGGUAACAUCAUUACUAAGACGUGUUUUGCCCGAAGUAACCCCUAGUCGCCUGGCCAGCAUUACAGGAGUGAAGUCUCUUCCGCCAGCAGAUAUAAGUGAUAUCAUUCACUCAACAGAAAAAGGAGACUGGAACAAACUAGGUAUCUUAGACAUGUUUUUGGGAUGCAUUGCCAAAGCUCUCACUGUACAGCUAAAAGCCAAAGGAACUACAAUAACAGGGACAACUGGCACUACUGCAGGCAAAGGAGUUACUACAGUCACACUUCCCAUGAUCUUCAAUUCCAGCUAUAUUCGGCGAGGUGAAAGCCACUGGUGGAUGAAGGGUUCAACACCUACACAAAUUUCAGAGAUCAUUAUUAAACUCAUUAAAGACAUGGCAGCAGGCCAUCUGUCAGAAGCUUGGUCCCGUGUGACAAAGAAUGCUAUUGCUGAAACCAUCAUAGCCCUGACCAAAAUGGAAGAAGAAUACAGAUCACCAGUGAGGUGCAUUGCAACAACCAGGCUAUGGCUGGCAUUAGCAUCCCUCUGUGUACUUGAUCAGGAUCAUGUUGAUAGACUAUCCUCUGGAAGAUGGAUGGGAAAGGAUGGACAACAGAAACAGAUGCCAAUGUGUGAUAACCAUGAUGAUGGUGAAACUGCCGCAAUCAUUCUAUGUAAUGUCUGUGGGAACUUGUGUACAGAUUGUGACCGAUUCCUUCAUCUCCAUCGGCGAACAAAAACUCAUCAGAGACAGGUAUUCAAAGAAGAAGAAGAAGCUAUCAAAGUUGAUCUCCACGAGGGUUGUGGCAGGACCAAACUUUUCUGGCUGAUGGCACUAGCAGAUUCUAAAACUAUGAAGGCUAUGGUGGAGUUUAGAGAACAGACAGGCAAGCCAACCACCAGCAGUUCUGAAGCGUGUCGUUUCUGUGGAUGUAGGAGUGGAACAGAGUUAUCAGCAGUGGGAAGCGUUUGUUCUGAUACAGACUGCCAGGAGUAUGCUAAAAUUGCCUGCAGCAAGACACACCCCUGUGGUCAUCCAUGUGGAGGCGUCAAGAAUGAAGAGCACUGUUUGCCAUGCUUGCAUGGCUGUGAUAAGAAUGCUACAACUCUUAAACAAGAUGCUGAUGACAUGUGCAUGAUCUGCUUUACCGAAGCACUUUCAGCAGCACCAGCUAUCCAGCUGGACUGCAGCCACGUUUUCCAUUUGCAAUGCUGUCAACGAGUACUAGAAAACAGAUGGCUUGGGCCAAGGAUUACUUUUGGGUUUAUGUCCUGUCCAAUUUGCAAGAACAAAAUCAAUCAUACAGUAUUAAAGGAUUUGCUUGAUCCAAUCAAAGAACUCUAUGAAGAUGUAAGGAGAAAAGCACUAAUGAGACUGGAGUAUGAAGGGUUGCACAAGAGCGAGGCCAUCACAACACCAGGUGUUAGAUUUUAUAAUGAUCCAGCUGGCUACGCUAUGAACAGAUAUGCUUAUUAUGUUUGCUACAAGUGCAAAAAGGCAUAUUUUGGUGGCGAAGCUCGUUGUGAUGCUGAGGCUGGACAAGGAGAUGACUAUGAUCCGAGAGAGCUUAUUUGUGGUGCGUGCUCUGAUGUUUCGAGGGCUCAGAUGUGUCCCAAACAUGGUACGGAUUUCUUAGAGUACAAAUGCCGCUAUUGCUGUUCGGUUGCUGUUUUCUUCUGUUUUGGGACAACACAUUUUUGCAAUGCUUGCCAUGAUGAUUUCCAAAGAAUGACAAGCAUCCCUAAAGAAGAACUCCCACACUGUCCUGCAGGUCCCAAAGGUAAACAACUUGAAGGAACAGAAUGUCCACUUCAUGUUGUCCAUCCACCCACUGGUGAAGAAUUUGCUCUGGGUUGUGGGGUUUGCAGAAAUGCUCACACUUUUUAGACUAGCAUUUUUUUUUUACCAGAGCAAAGCAGGUGCCCUCAUCCCUCAAGUGUCCUGAAAAUAAAGUCCAGCUGGGAUGAGGACGGGACCAUUUCAUAACCCAGGUAAAAGGAACAAUUUACAGUGCAAGAAGGAUGCCAAAUACCAUGUACAUAAUUCUUGCUGUGAGAUAUUGACAUUUUUUGAACCGAGACAUCAAAACUUGUGAGGUGUUUGCAUGUGGCCAUUACAGUCAUCGCCUAGGAAACAUUGGACAUUUACAAAUAAAUAAUUACUAUUAAAGGAUUUGUGUGUCUGUGGACUAUGAAUGAUGCUGGCUUUCAGGAGAAAGAAAAAAAUAUUGAUUAUUGUAUACUGACUUUUUGUAAUCUUGUACAAUUGUAACGCAUCACAAGUGGGGAUGGGAAAGAGGAAUAUUCUGGUUUAUUUCCUAGACUGUUAUAAAAAACAAUUGUGUUAGGAAGACAUAAAUGUAACAAGUAUCAUGCUGUAUAUAAAGGUAUCAAUGUUUGUCCUGUAUAAGAAUUAUUAAAUUACAACAGCAGUUUCAUUUAAACUUCUGGGUUAUGUUUGAGCCUGAAAUUUUAAUGAAGUGCAAUACUGAGUGUGCCUCAUAUCUUGCAGCUGUAAACAUAAUGGAAUGUACAUGUCAAUAAAGCCACUGUACAUUUUUAUACAGUGAAAGUCUAA